AUGGCUUCUGAGGUUGACAGGCUCAUGAUCAAAAAUACUGGCAUCAAUCCUCACCUUUCCAAAAACCACAUCCGGUGUUUCUGCCACAAGAUCGCACUCAUCCUUAACGCAGGUCUUAAAUCAACUCAACUACCAACCAGCGGAUUGCUUCCAUCUCAAGUCGAAAAUCUUGGUUUCGUCCCCAGACUUUCCCCAAUCAUUGAAGAGUCUGAAGAGAUUGAAGAAGCUCCUCAGUUUACUGUUGAGGACAUUAUCUUAGGAGUGGACGACAAUCACCAAGUGGAACACGAGGCCAAUGACGAGGAUGUAAUAGAUGGAAUGGAUAGCGCAGACCCGGAAUCCUGGGAAAAAGCUGAAGAAGGAAAGAAUACACUUGAUAAAAUCUUAAAAAAGGUUGACUUUGUUAUUCAGAGGAUCACAUCCUCAGCAGUCAAACGAUCUGAGUACAAAACUUGGUCAAAAGAGCUUGAGAUUCAUGGACCUAGCCUUAUUGCUGGGUAUGGUAUUCGCUGGAACAUAAAGUUUGAAAGUCGUACUCGGGCGUAUCAAGCUCGUCAAAUCAUCAAAAAACUAAUCGAAAAUGAAAAGGAUCGACAGGAACAAGAAGGGGGGAAGAAAUACUAUAAUGACACCGAGAUAAGUCGAGAUGAAUGGGAAGUAGUCAAUCAAUUAAACAAAAUUCUGGGUGAGUUCUACUUUAUCACCAAGAAGAUGGAAGGCGACAACUCCUCUUCUUGCUUGAUGAUCUCCGAGUACCAGUACAUCAUCACAUUCAUCAAGAAAAACCUUGCUAUCUCGACUCAACCAGAAUUUAAAACCAUGCUUGCAGCAAUGCUAAAAAAGACAAAACCAUAUCUCAAUGAGGCAAUGAGGUGUGACGCAGUAGUCAUAGCGACCAUACUCAAUCCCAGUUUCCGCCUUUCAAUAUUCAAGGUCUUGUUUCCCAGUCACUACGAACAUGCUCAUGAUUUAAUCCACGAACUCUUUGAAGCCAGGAAUGCUCAAGUAAAUAUUGCCUUAUCAAGCUCGCCAGACGAAUCUGAUGCACUCAUUGGAACAAAAUCAAAGGCAACCAAUCUGGAUCGAGAGGAUAUUGAUUAAUUUCCUGUGGAAGCUGCGGCACCUGCGGCAGACGAGCUUUCUAUUUAUCUAGAGGGUAAACACAAG